AUGGCUCAACUUGUGAGUACUCACCAGAAAGAGGAAACUCGAACAAAGGUGCCAGAUCCACACUCUUACACUCUGCAGGCUACCGCGUGUCUUCCACACACUAAGCGGGCUCCCGCGUGUCUGGUUAAUUUUUGUUACCGUAAAUCGUACGAGGCCUCGUGUUCGACCACGAGGGCCUCUUUAGCCAUUUUCCCAAAUUUAAUAGACCCUUUGCUCGCGAUCGAUAUUAUAGGAUUUCACCCGUGCGAGUAA